AAUUCGUUUUUGUUUUUACUGUCUGUGUUUCUUUUUGAGCCAAUAUAGCAGAGUUGAAUUGAGCCGAGUGUGUGGUGGCCAUGGCAGCAGUAGUAAGCUACUGCAAGCCUUCGCCAUUUCUCAGUCGAUCCUUUCCUUAUUUAGCUGGAAAAUCACCAUGCAGACAUCCAUUUAGGAAUCAAGUGCAGAAAUCUCGAAUUAAUGCACUAUUUUGGGGACCUAAGAAAUCUGUGGAGCAACAAGUACUGGACUUUUCGGUGGGAGAUUUCACUAUAACAGGGUCAGAAUCAGAGGGAGCCACAGAAAUCAAGGGAACAUCUAAAAAGAUAUGCCUUUCAGCUAUUUCUUCAAUCUCAGAUGUUUCAGCAGAUGACUGGGAUGCAUGUGCUCUGGAUGCUACAGGCCCUGAGAAAUUCAAUCCAUUUCUUACCCAUGGGUUUCUUUCAAGCUUAGAAGAGACAGGUUGUUCUGUUAAGCAAACAGGAUGGACACCAUGCCAUAUCGUAGCUAAGGAUGAAUCUGAAAAUAUUCUAGGUGUUGUUCCACUAUAUCUUAAAAGCCAUUCUUAUGGUGAAUUUGUUUUCGAUCAUGCUUGGGCAGAUGCCUACUACAGUUAUGGAUUAAGAUAUUAUCCGAAGUUCCAAUGUUGUGUACCUUUUACUCCAGUAACUGGUCCAAGGAUUUUGAUACGUAACACAUUAUUCAAAGAUCAAGUACUAGAUGUCAUAAUAUCUGCACUGAAGGAUCUCACAGUCAAGUCCCAGGUUUCAUCACUACACAUCACCUUCCCAUCUGAAAAUGAGUGGCAUAAAUUCAGAGAAAAAGGUUUCAUGCAGAGGAUUGGAAUGCAGUACCACUGGAAAAAUCGUAAUUAUAAAAAUUUUGAUGAGUUCUUAAUGGAUAUGAAGCAAAAUAAAAGGAAAAAUAUUCGUCAAGAGCGUAAAAAGAUUCCUGCACAGAACUUGACUAUGAAACGACUCCGAGGUUAUGAAAUAAAGGCUAGGCACUGGGAUUCCUUCUAUCAGUUCUACAAAAACACCACCAAUAACAAGUGGGGCAGUCCUUAUCUGACAAGGGAUUUCUUCCAUGUUAGAUCAAAAAUGGGAGACAAUGUAUUGCUAGUUGUUGCUGAAGAAGGGGAAGAACUUGUUGCUGGAGCUCUAAAUCUUAUAGGAGGAGAUACUCUAUUUGGUCGUCUAUGUUGCCAUCCUCGUGCCUAUUAUCCAAGUUUGCAUUUUGAAGCUUGUUAUUACCAGGCAAUAGAAGCAGCUAUUGAGCUUGAUCUAAACACGGUUGAAGGAGCUCAGGGCGAGCAUAAGAUUCAACGAGGUUAUAUACCUGUGACAACUUACAGCUGCCAUUAUCUUAUAGAUGAAAGUUUCCAAAAACCCAUACAGGAGUUUCUAACACGUGAAGCAACUCAGGUUAGGCUUGUUAUGAAGCUUUUACAUGAUUCUGGUCCCUUCAAGGAUGGACACAAGGGUAAGUAAGCAUGAAGCAUUAUUAUACCAUAAUUUCAUGUACAUAAUUAGAAUUACGAUCUCAAAAUAUGUAAGUUACCAUGAUAAUCAUUAUUUAUAUGCGCUUCUGUAUUUCCUACCUAGUGUAGCAACAUUAAUAAUAAUUUAGUAUUACUAAAUUAUUAUUAUUAUUAUUAUUAUUAUUAUUAUCAUUUUGGACUCUGAA